GCGCCGCGCCCUGCUCUCAGUGCGCGCCCGCCACCCGGAGCGGCCGUGGGGUCCACUCUACCGGGCCUUCUGCCCGCGUCCACCGCGCUCCACGGCGCGGCCGGCGGCGGUAGGGAAACUCUCAGGGGCUCCUUCUCCGCGGCUGGUCUCCCCGCCGCCUGGCUCGCGCAUCUCCCGCCAGUUUGCUUUUGCUCCCUCCCACUGCAACUCCUGGAUUUCGGGGGUGUCAGCCUGCGGCUCAGCCCGGGCGCAUAACAGGGGGACACGACUCGGGUGACCAUAGGGUGGCUGGGAAGUGACCGUCCAGGGGCGCGUCCUAGCUGUCCCGCCAAGGCCUCAGGGAACCCAGGUCUUUCCUGAGCGACGCGGGGACCCGAGGGCCCGCCCUUCGGGGAGGAGCAAAGCGUUGGCUGAAGAGCUGGCCAAUGGGAGGCACGGGCGGCAGCACAACGUGGAGUGGCUGCAGAAUGUAAACACCACUCAGCCACGCGCCUGGCCAAGUGCGGCUCUGCUCUCCCCAGUCUCGGUCCGCGACCACCCGGAGCCCGCUCCGCCGGCCUUGCGCUGCGCGCCCAGGGAAGGCAUUUCCAGCCCGCCCAUCCAGGUCUCUUCUUCGGCCUCUCUGACAUGGUGCCAGCCCUGCUGGAGUCAGCAGGAAUCCAGCACAACAGAUGGUGGUCAGUGGUGACUUCGGCACAGGCAGUUCGUGGGGAGUGGUUGGUGGCCAUGGAGUCCUGACUGGAGUAGGUUAAAAAGAAGGAGGAAAAUCACAAGAAAGAGAGACUGGAGGUGGAGGUUGGGGAGAAAAGAGAUGAUGGUAUGGUGAGAUGUCUACUGAACUGCUCCUGCCAAGGCCCCUCCCCAUGUACUCUCAACAAAAGUUGCAGGCAGCCACCUCUCAACAACCCAUGAAGUGUCUGGAGCUCCACCCUCUGCUCAAGAGGAACGGCACAUGACCCAGGCCUAUGCCAAUCAGCAUUUCACAUUCCUCAUGAUUGGUUCAAAGUGAAGCAACUUUCCCAGAAGCACCACAGUGGACUUGUUCUCAAGUCUAAUUGGCCAGAUCAGGGAAAUAUGCACUGUCCUGGACCAAUCACUGGUGAUGAAAGGGUAACACCCGCCACUGGAGUUCUGCUACUACACAGGAUGAAGAAAGGAAACGGGAUUAUGAAGGUUAUUUAUGCUCCCUGCUGCUCCCUGCAGAAUCCCGAAGCUCUGUUUUUGCAGUGAGGGCCUUUAAUGUGGAACUGGCUCAGGCUGGUUAAAGACUCAGUCUCUGAGAAAACAAUUGGACUGAUGCGAAUGCAGUUUUGGAAAAAAACUGUGGAAGAUAUAUACUGUGACAAUCCACCACAUCAGCCUGUGGCCAUUCAACUAUGGAAGGCUGUUAAAAGACAUAAUCUGACUAAAAGAUGGCUUAUGAAAAUCGUUGAUGAAAGAGAAAAAAAUCUGGAUGACAAAGCAUAUCGUAAUAUCAAGGAACUGGAAAAUUAUGCUGAAAACACACAGAGCUCUCUUCUUUACUUAACACUAGAAAUAUUGGGUAUAAAGGAUCUUCAUGCAGAUCAUGCUGCAAGUCAUAUUGGAAAAGCACAAGGCAUUGUCACUUGCUUGAGAGCAACACCAUAUCAUGGGAGCAGAAGAAAGGUGUUCCUUCCCAUGGAUAUUUGUAUGCUGCAUGGUGUUUCACAAGAGGACUUUCUACGGAGGAACCAAGAUAAAAAUGUGAGAGAUGUAAUAUAUGACAUUGCCAGUCAGGCACACUUGCACCUAAAGCAUGCUAGGUCCUUUCACAAAACUGUUCCUGUGAAAGCAUUUCCUGCUUUUCUUCAGACGGUUUCUCUAGAGGACUUUCUAAAGAAAAUUCAGCGAGUGGAUUUUGAUAUAUUCCACCCAUCUUUACAGCAGAAGAAUACAUUACUUCCAUUAUAUUUGUAUAUUCAGUCAUGGAGAAAAACAUAUUAAAAUAAUUUCAUGGCACUGAUGUUAAUUCUAGUCUAUUAGUUUUAUAAAAGUUAGGAUUCUUAUUUAGGAACAACAGGAAAUGACUGUUAAGGAGAAAAUGAAUUUAUUGAAUGGGAUGUCAAGUAGCUCACAAAAUUGAGAAGUUGCCGUGGGACUAGGGUGCCAAGACUGCUGAGAUUCUGGCAGAGGCACUGCCAUUGGCACCCCCGGCCCAGACAGUGUCUGCUGUGCUGUCCCUGGAAGCUGGAGCUCCAACAGGGAAUAUUGGUGUAGCUGUGCAUAGGCCAUAAGCCACACUUGAGCCAGUGGGCAGGGAGAAGGAAUGUCAUUCUCCCUUCACCACUGGGGAAGGAGAGGGGAAAGGGCUCAAGUUAUCAUAGGGGCUUACAUGCUGAGCAGCUAUAACCUAGGUGUUCAGAACACCCGGAAGAUGCAUUUAUUUAGGGGUCACAAAUAGUGAAAUUAAUAUUUGAGGAAUAUCAGUCACGUGUUGUGGGCUUUUAUCCUUAACGUUUAAUUUUUGCAAUCUUGUGUAAAAAUUUAUCCAUGAUAAUAACGUAACUUCUUUAAGGUUGGAGUGGCUGGCAAGAGCAGAGCCUUAAUUUGACUUUAGCUCUGGCUGGUCUGGAAGCUUUUACUUUUUUGUUAAUCCCACUUCCUCACUCUGUCAUUCAGCAUUAUCAUGAUCGUGAACAAAAUUGUACUGACAAAGUUUGUAUAAGUGAUAUGAACGGUAUUGUAUUGAACAUCCAUUAAAGGGUUGCUACACUUUA